AUGAAGCUUUCAUCUGGAUCGUUGCUCCUUCUUCCCAUCUUGCAAGUCAAUCGCACCUUGACCAACGGAUGGGGCAGCACACCUACUCAACGCCACUACAUCAACGCCUCUCAGGCCCUCACCGUGAUCAAUGCUGCCAUACAGUACAGCAACUCGAUCGGCGUCCCCAACGACAUUACCGUCCUAGACCCGAGUAGCCAGCUCGUGGCCUUCCUUCGCAUGGAUAAUGCCUAUCUUGGAUCGGUUGACAUCUCGAUGAAGAAGGCCAAGACGGUCACAUCGUUCAACGGUCUGUUCCCGUCGUACGGCCUUCUCAACCGGUCUCAACCCGGCGGUGAUCUGUACGGAAUCGAGGAGACUAAUGGUGGUCUGGUUGUCUUCGGUGGCGGACAGCCAAUAUUUGAUCCUACCGGUUACUUUAUAGGUGCAGUCGGAGUCAGUGGAGGAACUGUGCAGCAGGACAUCAACACGGCUGUGCAUGCCGCCCAAAGUGUGGGGACGACCAUCACAAUGUAA